UCUCUGAUGAUGUCAUCAAGCAGAGUUCUAUCACCAUGGAGAUCCAGGGCGGCAUUAGAACAUCACGUUGCUACGGCGACAGCUUCUCAGGCUCCAAAACUAUUUUAGAUUCUAGAAUGUGAUGAUGGUGUAACGCGGGUGACAAAACCGCCUUAGCAACAAACUCUCUUGCCUCGCUCCUGCUCUCUGUUUGCGUCCCUUUGCGUGCGUCCGAUCAUGUGACCGCGGCCGCCCAAUUAGGAGCUUAUAUUAGCGCAAAACCCGGAAGCGCGGCAGACGCGAGAGAGAUAAACAAACGCGAGCUACAGAGACGUAUCGGCAGCAGUUCCGGUCCAUGGCAAACCCACCUGGAGAGAACCCAACAGAGACUUACCACCGUUUAAAGGGGCUCUACCGACGAUGGAUCCGGCCAGAGCAGCACACUAAGGAGCAAGUCGGGGAGCAGAUUAUCUUGGAGCAGCUGCUACGGGUCCUCCCGGCAGACAUUCGCACCUGGGUGAAGGAGCACGAGCCAACAGAGGGAUUAGCUGCGGCCAAGCUAGCGCUGCAGUACCUCAAUGCGCGGAGGGGAGGCCCAGCUGCCUACCCAGGGGGCCCUGGUCGGCAGCCUUCUCAACCCAGACCGGCAACCAGAGUCAACUCCCACCUGCCUGGAGAUCCCAGCCCUGCACCCAGCCAACGUGGUCCCGGUUGGCGAUGUGCGGCAACUUGGACAGAUAGUCCGCCACCACAUUGGCCUUGCCAGCUCGAUGGCGGAUCUGGAAAUGGAACGGCUGGAGAGAGAGAUACCAGCGGGUAAUACCUCAGACUCUCCAGCGCCCACUUGAUGGCCAGGCCCUCCUUCUCUACAGUGGAGUACCUGGUCUCACGUGGCAACAGCUUGCGACUCAGGUAUAGCACGGGACGUUCUUCUCCAGGUUCACCUUGGGCCAAGACUGCCCCCAGUCCCACUGCGGAGGCAUCAGUCUGGACCAAAAACUGCUGGCUGAAGUCGGGACUUCUCAGCAUUGGGGAGGAACACAAGCAGUUCUUAAGGGUCUGGAAGGCUGUCUCGCAGGCCUCGGUCCAGGAGACAGGAAUCUCUGGUACCAGCCAGCCAAGCCCUAGAAGGACCUCACCUCCUUCUUUGUGCGAGGGCGUGGGCAGCUGCGGAUGGCCUCGACCUUGUCCACCUGAGGCCGGACCUCACCUCCUCCCAGACGAUAGCCCAGGUACGUCGCCUCCUGCUUGGCCCACUGACACUUGGCAGGGUUUAGUGUCAGACCUGCCUGUUGGAUCUGGCCAAGGACUCGCUCCAGGUGAUGCAGGUGCUGUUACCAGGUGUCACUGAAGAUGACCACAUCGUCCAGGUAAGCAGCACUGCAGUCGCCACACCCCUGCAGGACACGGUCCAUUAGUCUCUGGAAGGUGGCAGGUGCUCCAUGGAGGCCAAAGGGCAUCACGGUGAACUGGAAGAGGCCGGCAGGUGUCCGGAAGGCCGUGUAUGGGCGACUGGACACCUCCAGAGGCACCUGCCAGUAGCCCUUGCAGAGGUCAAGGGUGGUGAUGAACCUGGCCUGACCAAUCUUCUCCAGCAGGUCGUCAAUCCGGGGCAUCGGGUAGGCAUCGAACUCGGACAUCGCGUUGAGCUUCCGGAAGUCGAUGCAGAUGCGGAGUGAGCCGUCCUUCUUCACCACGAUGACCACCGGACUGCACCAUUCCGAUUGUGAUGGCUCGAUCACCCCCAGGCGCUGCAUCUCCUCCACCUCCUUCAGGAGCUGUGCCACCAGAUGUUGUGGAACCCGGUAGGACCUCUGGCGGACCGGGCCCUUGUCCUUUAAACGGAUGACGUGCUCGACCAGGACCGUCUUCCCCGGGUUGGCAGCAAACAGCUUGGAGACUCUCUGGAAGACCUG